AGAAAGAACACUUUAUGUCAGUGCCAUUACUGUAUUUUUGAAGAAAUUGCUUAACUCUGUAAAAGCUAUGAAUUAGCUUGAAAAAGCUUUUUUGUUGUUAUUGUUGUUGUAAGUACCAUACUCUUUUCCAUUAUAUAUAUUUUUAAAAAGACUUCUCUGACAUUGCAGGUGGGAACAGAAAUUAUAUGUCAACAUAUAAAGCUCUUAUUGUAGGAUUUUUUGUUUGUUUGUUUGUUUUUUGUUUUUUUAACUUCUAGGUGCGAUUUCAGAAACGGACAAAUAAAUCAGAGGACAUUUUGAAUUCAGUACUUCCGCCUUUCGAGGCACCCAUAAUGCAACGCGCUACUCGGACCGGUCCGCCAUGUUUGUGUAUGACUUCAGCCUCGUCUUUGCAUAAAUACACUCACUACCCCUUCGAGUCCCCCAAAAAACACCCCGCUAGCACCUGUUCCAAUGCACUUAUCCACCUUUUAAAGGAAAUAAAUACCGUGAAGACAUCUGCCGUCCUUUGUGAUGGCGGCCAGUGCCCGAGAUGAGGAGUUUCAUGAGUAUGAUAAACCGGGAGCUGAGAGGUCGAGGAGGAGGAGAGGAGGAGGAGGAGAUGAUGAUGAUGAUGAUGAUCUGGACAGUGAUUUGGAAGGCGACCUGCUUGAGGAGGACUGGCUUUCAUCCAAGAAGAAUCCAUCAGAGCUGUCGGACGAGGAGCUGAACGACGACCUGCUGCAAAGUGAUGAGGAAGAGCAGAACACCAGUGCGCAGGGUGCAGUGGUGAGCCUGAACGCGACGUUGGGUCUCAGCGAAUCGUACGAGCUCCAGGAAGGAGAUGAAUACGCGGCAGAGGAGUACGGUGCGCCUGAGGGAGAGCAGGAGGAGGGGUACAGGGCAGACGAGUAUGGGGAUGCAGAGGGAAUGGAGUACAACACAGGAGGAAAUGAAGACGAAGUGCUGGACCUGCAGAUCAAUGAGCCGCUGGACGACGAAUUUCAAGUGGAGGAGCCGCAGGAAGUGCAGAAUGACCAACAGGAAAUGACUGAGACGGAGGGGGAGGAGCCUGAGGAGGAAGUCGAAGAUGUCUCGCAGGUUACAGAAGCAGAAGAGAUGGAGGCCGAGGCCGACACGAAGGAAGAAUCCGACGAGGACGAAGAGGACGAUGAAGAAUCCGAGCGUCUGCGCUUCAAAACCGAGCGCAAAGACCGCACUGUGGUCCGUCUCUCAGACACCACCAGCAAACGGCGGAAUAUUCCGGAAACGCUGGAACUGACCGAAGAGGCUAAAGCGGACCUGAUGGAAUUUGAGGAGAAGGAAUGGCUGAGGAAACAAGGUCGCUUUGGUGGACGAGGGAGAGGAGGAGGAGUAGGGGGAGGAAGAGGAGGACCUCCCGCAUUCGUUAUGGGGGGUUUCCGUAAAGACGGAGGUGCAGGACGAGGGAGGAUGAACGAACCCAGACCUCCGCUGAUGCCGGUGAACUUAAUGCAGCCCAGAAUGAUUCAUCCUCAGUCCCAUCGUCCUCAGCCCCGCCCUUCCAUCCCACGUGGUGGUCCCGGUCUUUUCCCCACGCCGCUCAUCCCGAUCCCCCAGCAGCCCCUGCAGUCCCUGAUGCCUCCGCGGUCGCCGGCACAGCACCAGAGGCCGCAGCAGGAACUGCACCCACCACGCCCACACGGACACGGACACGCACUUCCACAUGCACACGCCAACCAGCAGCAGCAGCAGCAGCCCAAGAACAUUCACAUCAACCCGCAUUUCAGAGGCCCGUCGUCUUCCUCACCUGUCCAGGUUCCGUUGAUGUCGCCCGCUCCAAAUCAGCCCAGACCCAGCCUCGGCCCUCAGAGAUUCCCGGGCCCUGUGGAUUUCCAGCAGCACCUCCAGGGUAAUUUCCUCCAGCCUCAGAGGCCCCCGCCUCAGGAGCAGUGGAGAGGACCACCACCACCUCCACACCAGGAGAGGGAGCCGUUCUACAGCAACGAGCCACGUUUUCCAGCGCAGCCCCUGUUCGAUCUCCCAGGCUCCGCCCCCCUGAUGAACAACAUGCUCCCUCUGUCCUUCCCUCAGCCGGGGCCAGGGUUCUGCCCCCCGGGCGGUGGAAUGUUCCAGAGAGACCUUCCUCCUCCUCGCCCCAAUUUGCCCCCUCCUCAACAGUCUCCUGCCCCGCCUGCGCCCCGCGGCUUCAUGGGACACAGGCAGCCGUUUCCUCCACAGCAGCACAACGCCCCCUUCAGUCCUCAGCACACGCCAUUCGGCAUGCAGGGCCUAAUGCAGUCACACCCUCAGCAGCAGCACCACGACCCUCCCCCACCUCCGCAUCAUCACCCGAUGCACCACCACCAGCAGCAGCACAGACAGGAAGUUCCUCCUCUUCCUCAUAAUCAGCACCACCAGCAUCAACACCAGGGCCAGCCUGGGGAGCAGCAUCCCAUCAUGCACCUCUCUCACCCGCCCUUCCGUCAGCCCAUUCUGGGUGGACCUCGACAGAUGAAACCCCGCCUACAAAACAACAUGGGUCGCUUGAGAAUGGGGUCUCCUUCAUCCAUGCAGCAGCUCCAGAGCCUCCCUCAGCGCAACAGUAACCUGCGCGAGCUCCCCAUCGCCCCCGGCAACAACUCCCCUGUCCGCCCCCCUCAGCCGAGGCCCAUGAUCAAGGUCACUCAGAAUGCCAGGCCUGGGCAGGGGGUUGGGGGAGGAGCCAUUGGACGAGAGCGUGGUUCUGCUAAAACCUCCCCGCCUCCAGGCACUUCAGAGAUGAAGAACGAAAUGCCAGCCACACAGACAAGCACACCUGUACAAAAAACACCAAACACGCCUGCGCAGGAUGAGGAAGAGGAUGAGGAGACCCGUCAGUACCGGCUGAAGAUCGAGGAACAGAAGCGAUUGCGUGAGGAAAUCCUUAAACGUAAGGAAAUGCGCAGGCAGAUGCAGGCCGGUGCGCGUAAAAAGGAGCUCCUGGAGCGCCUCGGGGGCCAAGCAACACCCCAAACACCCCCCAUGCAACCCCAAACCACCCCGACUCAACCCCAGACCACCCCAUCGCCCCCGUCAGCCACCCCCAACGGCGUUAAAUCCCGCCUACAGAACCCCAGCAUAGAGCAAAAGCAGAGCGUGCAGAACCCACAGAGACUCGUCCCACCGCUCCAGAGUCCCAACAUCGGCGUCACGUCGCCUCCAGAGGAGAAGAUCCCACCGAUCCAGAUGCAAGCUAACACCGUGAGGAAGAGGACCGUCAUGCAGCGUGUUAACUCUGGUGGCCUCGGCUCGCCUCAGAUCCCACAAAAAGUGCGAGUUGUUAAACGACUAACGGGCGGAGAGGAAGCUCCGCCCCUCCAGAAUCAGCCACAGCAGGUGAUUGGUCGAGCCGCUCCUCAGCAGAGACUGGGUGCCGUCAGGAAGGUCACGGUGGCAGCAGCUGGACCACAACAACAAUUACCGCAGCAGCAGUCUGACGUGAACCAGAGUAACCGGGUGGUGGUCUCGGGCCGAGGACGCGGUCGUGGUGCUCGUGGCGGUCGGGUGGCGCCGCAGAACAGGCCGAGUACCCGAGUCGCUGAGUCUCAGCCCAUCACGGUGUCUAUAGACGGCCUGUCGUCCUCCACCACCGAGAAACAGAUCAAAAACCUGCUCAACUCCAUUGGCCCUGUCCAGACGUUUAAGAUGAUGCCGCAGCAGAGGAAAGCCAUCGCCACGUUUGCGAAUCCUCAGCACGCGCUGAGUUUCCAGCACAGCUUCCACAGGCACAUGAUCGAUCUGUCCCACAUCGACGUGACCAUCAUUGACGGCUGAGGAUCGGGAACGAGAGAACGACCAGCGUAAACACCGAGAGAUCGGAGCGAGCUCCCGGAAUCGAGGCUGCGUUUUACUCUAAAGCUCUCAAAACACUAAAGCAAGUUUCGGAGGAACUGAUGGUGGGAAAAACAAACAAACAAAAAUGACAAACGACUCGGAUUUAUUCAUCCAUCCCUGGUUUCACUGAGAGCAGCUGUCCCUACGUUGUGUUAUCCACUCGAGUGAUAAUUCCCUAAACUGUUUCAAAAGUGGGGAAGCAGCUCUGACUGAAGAGACACCGUUUAUUAUUAUUAUUAUUAUUAUUAUUUUGACUGAUUGAUUGAUCAGUAAGUGAAACGAGAGGAAGGCUGUUUUUAUGAGAACCCGCAUAGUCGAUAACGAUGACGCUCGAUAACGGUCGCUCCCGUCCUCGUUUACACUUUUUUUAAAUACACACUCCUGGACAAGAUUUUUCUUUCUCUCUUUCCUUCUUUCCUUCUUUCUUUCUUUCUUUCUUUGAGAUGGAAAAGCAGGUUGGAGUUUUUUUUUUGCCGCCACUAGAGGGCAGUGUGCGAGUCGAAACGUUUAUAAGCCAUUCGUUCACAGCGUAAUGAUGUUUAUUUGAGGUGGUAUGGAAGUAGCUGUGGUUCGUAUUUCAGAACAAUUCAUCCCAGUACGAUCACAUUUUCUCACAAUUAUGCAAUACGGGAUCAGAGUUUUAUUUGGAGGUCCAAUUUGCAGUUUAAAUAUAUAUUUUUAUUAUCAACGUAAUCUCUUGAAUGGCUAGUUUUCCACAACAGCUAAAAUAAACAAAGAAAGAAUAAAAUAUUAAUUUGUCUCGAUUUCCUUCAGUGGAAUGUUAGCAGUAAGGUGGGUUUUUUUUGUUGUUGUGUUUUUUUUUUUUAAAGGUUUAUACAUUUAAAUGAAAUCGUGAAAACACAACGGUGGUUCUGUGUCCUGCUUGUGUUCCAUAAAACGCCUAUGGUCGUAUAUUUGAGAAAUUCGUCGCCUCGUCUUUUUCAGUCAGACUGCAGCAUUUCCAGACUGGUCGAACAUGCUUGCUAGCGUAUUAGCAUUUGAUCAUUUUCGAUAAGCUAACAGCAACAAAGCCGCAAACGGAAAUUUUUGCUAACCGGUGCGUGAUUUAGCCGUGGUUUCUUUUCUGUUUGUUAGAUUUUGAGACCUCAGUGUGUUUUCUCUUAGGUUUUUUUUUUUUUUUUAAAUACUAGCACUGUUUGCGGUGUCGCUAUUUAGCCUGUACAAGUCUAUUCUGCUCCGUGUCGUUAUAAAGAGGAUACAAUAAAACACAUUACUUUUUUUUUUUUUAACUUUUGUUCCGUCCCAAAUGUUCAGCAUGUUUCCUCAAUUUGAAGGAAUUUUCCACUAACGCUCUGCUAAUUUCACCCCAGCGCUUUGAUUUUUUCCCCCCUUCUUCAGCUUAUGCUAAGUGUAUAAUAUUUACAACUCCCUCAUUUCAUUUGCAACCGGAGCGUUAGAUUUUAAUAAGAUUGAGUUCUAAAGUGCACUUUGCUUCAUUUCCAUUCAGUUUGUAGCUCUUGUUACAUCCAAGCAUUGUGUUUUGUGUCUCAGUCUGAAGGAUUGUUAUGCUAGCUCUGUGCUAAUUAGCCUGUUUAGAUCAAUUUGUGGUGAUUUUAAGAGGUUAGGGGUUUGUUUUUGUGUUUUUUCCUGAGGUAAAAAUGUCCCCAUUUUUAUCAAUUUGUCCACUUUGUUGCUUCAGUGCACUCUUCCAUUUCCCAAAUGUGAAGGAUUGUCAUGCUAGCCUUGCUAACUAGCGUUCUAGCAGCAUACAGAUCAGGCUUUCUUUCUCUAAUCUUUUCUGUCUCUUCCUAUUUUAUAUUCUACAUUAAAUGGUCGCUGUUUUUUUUUUUUCUUUUUUUUUUUUGUUUUAUAUAAAUGAUCUGCUUCUUGUGCUACUACUCAGUUUCACUCAGCUUCUCAGUUCGAGUCUGAGGGAUUAGCUUGCUAGCAUUGCGAACUACUUUGAGGUAAUUAUAGAUCAGUCUUUAUUAUUUUUUUUUUCCACCGGGCCGCAACGAGAUUUUGUUUUGAAUCGCAUUUUCAUUCGUUUUCCGUUCAAGGAUUGAAAGAUCGUUUCGCUAGCUUUGCUGACCAGCCUUGUGAGUGAUCAUCGUCAGUAUUUUCUUCUUCGUAUCCUGAGUUAUGAUGUUUUCCUCGGUCUUAGAUGGAUGUUUCAUUACGUCCCCGUCCCCCCACUUUCACAGUUUACUCAGUGCGUGCUAGCUAGUGUUUAUUGCUAUCUAGCGUUGUGGGCGAUUGCAGCUCAGUGUCUUUUCUCCUCAGGCUGUGGUUUUUAAAAGGAUGGAUGUGUUUUGCACUACAUCACCGUGCCAUUUCCAUCAAUUUAAUCCGAACGAAUGCCUCUUUUUAUGUUUCGAUCUUUUCGAUUCCCAUAGAAGCCGCCCUCGCCUUGUUCCUCUAGCAUCAAUUAUUCAUUAAUUGUCUAUUCUAUGCUUGUCCAGGAGUCACUGCGUGUCGGGAGCAGCCGCUAUCAGCGCUCACGCUCAUGUACAUAAGAUGUGGCUAAAUUAGACGUUUGAGGAAUACCAACUGUAACAGCAAGUGACUUUUUUUUUUUUCUCCCCCCCCCUCCCCCCCCCCCGGACUAUAACUCUGAUUUAGUUGUUUUUUGUUUGUUUUUUUUUUUGUACUAAAAUCAUUGCAUCGUUGUUGGAUCGUUUUACACGUUCUGUUUAAAGAAGCACGCUUAAGCCAAAGGUUUAUCUUUGGCAGGCUUAUUAUUUGAAGACGUUUUAAAGAUUAAAAAAAGGAAAAGAUCAAAAGAAUAAACUAUGGUCAUGUGUAUGCAAUGUAACGAUACAUACGUGCAGGCGGUUCACUUUAAAGGUUUUGUGUAUGCGUGACGGUGGAAAAAAUGUCUCUCUUCCUCAUUUCACCAUCUUAACUACUCCAUCCAUGUGUUUUGGGUUUAAGUGUGUGGGAGGGGGAAUACUUUUUUCAAUACUUUUUUCUUAGGCACUUUUUUGAGUUACUUCUUAAAUUCUUAAAAAAAUUUUUUUUUUUUUUUAGCUUACACUAAUAUAAAGAAAUAUAUUUUUCUCUCAUGAAAAAAUUUAAACCCAACAAGCUAGAGGUGAAUGCUGCUUUCACGUUUGGCAUAUUAUUAUUAUUAUUAUUAUUAUUAUUAUUAUUAGCAGUAUUAUUUAUUUAUUUAAUAAAUUUUUUGAGGUGUGUUUUUGUUCCCAUUAUACAUAGUAAUAGUUAGUUAGCCAACACUAGCUUGGACUGGUAAGAGUGUUGCUAUGGUUAAAGUGUGGUUAUGUCACUUGUAUUUUUUUAAGGGGGUGGGGGAGGUAAUUCAAACGUCCUGAUUUGCUCUAUAUAAAAUAUAAAUAUAUAUAUAUAUAUAUAUAAGUUAAUUUUAAGUUUUUAGUUAAAAGUGAUCAUGGAUAUAUUAAGUAGCUUAAGUGAAUGUCGGUCAUUUAUUAUUAUCUUGUCCACAGGUAUUCUCAUAAACAUUGGUAAGAUUAUACAUGAUUAUCGUUCUGUACGUGCAUGCUGAAUUUGUGCUCAUUUUUAUUUCAUGUCACAUUUAUUUAUUUAUUUGUUUGUUUGUUUAUUUAUAUUUAUACAUUUUGACCUGCAGAUUUAAAGUGCACUUUAAGUCUUCAUGUAUAUGGAUUUAAAUUUUUUUUUUUAAAUCCUCACGCGUUCAAAGCGUAUCGGCCGUGCCGACCCGUGUCACAUGACACAUUUCUAAUACGUGUAUAAGAUUUUAAAAACAAAACAGAAAAAUCUUAUAAGAAAGAAACCAGGGUUCAUAUUGAACCUUAAAGUAACUUCAUUAGAAGUUUGUUAGAAGUUUCAUUUAUUUAUUUAUUUAUUUAUUUAUUUAUUUAUUUAUUGUAUUUGUCGUACUGUGAUGUGAUUCAAUUAUUUAUUUGAACGUUCUGUAGGAUCUGCUCGUCAUUUAGGCGACUUUGAUAUAUUUUACUAAUUUGAGUCUCUGUUGUGUUUUUUCGCAGGUUAGAUGUUCCAGAGACUGCCGAAGGGGUGUGUUUUUUUUUUUCUUUCUUUCUUUCCCCCCUGUAUUUGUUUUAAAGGAACGGUUCAGCGACAAUUCCCCAGAUGUAGUCGAUCAGCUAAAGACAUGUUUGGUGUCCAGUGUUAGCUUCUUCGCUUUCCAGCAACAAGGCUAAUGAUGAUGAUGGGGGGGGGGGGAUUUAGGCCUGUGUUUAGCUAAAAAUAUUAGCCUCAUUGCUCCCGUGCAAAAGCUUCCAACAGCCACCAAGAGUUUCAGCUGAUCGACUUUAAAGCGUUUUAUUUAUGUCUGACAUUUCAUCAUGGCUAAUUCAUUUGGCUAAAUUGGGCUAAUAAUGUGUUUUUAAUAUCUCUUAAAUGCUGAUUUAGAAGCCAGUCUAAGCACAGAGCCAUUCAGUCGAUUUGAGCUCAGAACCGUAAAGGAGCAGUGUGUAAGUUUUACAGCCCUCUGCUGCCUAUGAGACACCCGAAUCUAAAACAUCUCCUUCCGCAAACCUUCGACUUCCCACAACCAUUACAAUUAUCUUCGAGCUGCCUUUUAAAUAAUAAAUAAAAAAUGUAAAUGCAAAAUCAGCCAUUGUUUGUUUUUAAACUUGUCAAGUCACCUUAAUGUUUUAUUUUAUCUGUUUUAUCAGUCAUGAAGCAGAUAUCCUUUCUAAAUUUGGUUUUGUUUAUAUAGUGGAUUUGAUCUCAGAACCUUCUGGAAGGUAGCAGCGUGUCAUUUUUAAAGCCAUCCGCGUGUUUGCUAGAUUAGAACUGAAAGAAAAACCUUAAUCCUCACACAGUAGUUAAAAUUAUGCUCAAGUUUCCUUUAAAUAAAAGAAAGUGUGGGGGGGGGUUGGUCAGAGCUAAUUUCUGGGCCAGAAUUUUUUUUUUUUGUCAGUACCAUGAAAUGAAUGAAUGGUUUUAUAUUAUUUAUUUAUUUUUAAUCAAUUUACAGAUUACAAAGCAGCGUCCAGUCUAAGCACACUGGUCUUACAGUGGAUUAGAACUCAGAAACUUCUGGAACCUUUUAAUAUUUUUUAAAGCCUUCUGCUACCUUUGUGACAACUGAAACAAAAAAACAAUCGCCAAGCUUUCCUACAACUAAAAAAAAAAAAAUCAUAGUUAAUGAGUCGAAUCAGGCUUAAUGAGAAAUAUAAUAGGGAACUUGAUAUGAAGAGCCAGUAAGACCCAUUAGAGUUUUGAAAUUUUGUGAAUUACAGUUUUUUUUUUACGGUGUCUUGGAAAUAAUCUGAUUAUUAAAGUGUUAGAAAUGGUUGUAAACUUUACAUACUGCACCUUUAACCGCUGAACCGGCACCUUUAAUAGAGAUUUCUGUCCAACUAAUGAUGGGUUUGUCCACAGCAUGUGUUUCCGGCGAUCGAGUUUAACUUUUAAUGCGAUUACGUUUCCCACAGGUCCAGGGUGGAUGAACAGAAUCACCAUCCUUCUAUCUCUGUCUUUUCUUUCUUAGCAGUAUUGCUAAACCCUAGAUAGAGAAAUCUAUGCAUCCUUUCAUCUCUGUAUCGGCGUAUCGGCUCGGCUUCUCCACACUGACUGCAACAUUAAUGUUCACAUGACCUGCUUUUUAAAAUUUUUUUAUUUUAAAGCAGGGAGGACGUGACGUGUGGAUUUCCUUAGUUUGUUUACCAUGGAUCAGUGACGCUGCACCCAAGCGAACAUUCACACACUCGCUCAGAGCUCCGAGCGAUUUGUCUGUCUGUUAAAAACACACACACACACAUCUGCACUGUUGUUGUGGAAAUGCUGCGUAUAAGAGACAAUGUACUGUACACGCCAAAAGUCAUGUGAUCACUCGUUACUGUGUGGAGUAAACUGUGUGUUCCUAAACCGCUGUCAUUGACGUGUCAGUGUGUACACAUCCUUUUUCUGUCAUCAUGUAAAUGUCAAACUAAAUGUAAACACAAAUCCAAAAGCAAUAAAACUACCUUAAACAAG